CGUUGACACCCAUACUUCGAACGUCAUGAUGUCAAGAGGCCUGAGAGGAUUGUGGGUGUCAGCGUUUAUAAAUUGGAGCAACAUUGAGAGAUAAGCUUACAUUUGCAGUCUGCUGAGCCUUGAAGACGGUCGUCUAAGCGUGCUCUCGUUGUAUUGUCUAGUUGAUUGUGUUGUAGUAUAUGCAGCUCCGAGGGCAUUCUAUAAAACUUCAGUACUGCUAGUCAAGAAGCCACCCAGUGCCGGUAAGCAGCACAGCAAUACACGAUUAAAACCACGCACAGCAUUCAUAUCUGAUCGAUUUCAGCAUGAUUAGAUUGUUGCUCUCCGGUCUACUAGUAUUACUAACUGAGAAUCUUCGCUAUGCGGCUUCUGUUCCUAUCAACUUCAAAUUCCCACACAUCCAACAAGAUGCAUUCGCCCGUAGUUUAUCAAACUAUGAAGUAGUUCUACCACAGGUAGUCGGGCGAGACGGACGGUUUCUUUCCCACGACUUGUCUUACCACCACCGGAGAUUACGUACCAGAAGCCUGGGGGGAGACGACGUGUCCGAUGCCUACUACAAAGUGUCAGUCGGGGGAAACGAAUACCAUCUAAAUCUGAAACGAAAUGACAAAUUCCUAGGCCCUGGACUCGUCAUUGAGAGAAAACGUUCCAAUAUAUCUGAAUCAGAACUGAGGAGGAACGAACAGAACCAGUGUCAUUACCAUGGAACUGUAAAAUCGAGAGCGUUAUCCAAGGUUGCCAUUAGUGAUUGCGAUGGUCUGAAAGGAUUUAUUCAUGAUGGCGAAGAGGUAUACUUCAUUGAGCCAGUCAUAGGUCACGAGGGGCCAGCUGAAGAAGGCCAUCCGCAUCUUGUGUAUAAAAGGUCGGACCAAGAAAACUCUUAUGAUUAUAGUCAGCCACAAAAUACACACCACCAUAGGGAAGAGGAGUCUCGAUAUUGUAGCGUCGAAAGCGACAAAGACACUUCAUCGACGUAUAUGAAAAAGCCACGUAAACAGAAGAGAUCAGUCAGCAUUGAACGUAACAUAGAAGCCCUGGUUGUAGUCGACCAAUCGAUGACAAACUACUACCAUGAACAACGUCAAGACGUUGAAACCUUCGUGUUGACUAUCAUGAACAUGGUGUCUGGAUUGUAUCACGAUGCCAGUCUUGGCAACGCAGUGAACGUUGUUAUGGUUCGACUCAUGUUCUUAGAAGAAGACGAGGAUGGACUGAAUAUAACUCACCAUGCCGAUAAGACUUUAAAGAGCUUCUGUAAAUGGCAAAACACAAUCAACCCACCCGAGGAAAGUCAUCCAAACCACCAUGAUGUUGCUAUAUUGAUGACAAGGGUUAACAUUUGCGCGAACAUGAACAAACCUUGUGGCACAUUAGGUCUGGCUGAAGUGACAGCUCUCUGCCAACCACACCGGAGCUGUAACGUCAACGAAGACACUGGACUUGCAUUAGCAUUUACAGUUGCACAUGAAUUGGGACACAAUCUUGGAAUGCAACAUGAUGGGACCGAUAAUGAAUGUAAGGGACACGGAAAGCGCCCUCACGUGAUGUCGCCACUAUUGUCGCAAGAACCAGGUCCUUUGGUUUGGUCAGAUUGCAGCAGACAAUACAUUACAAGAUUUCUUGACCGUGGCUGGGGCGAGUGUUUAAACGACGAGCCAAGUGACCACGAUUUCAGUUACCCAACCAUUCCACCUGGUGUUAUGUAUGAAGUAAACCACCAAUGCCAACUCCAACACGUGCAUUCGUUACUAUGGGGAUCCUUUCUCGAAAUAUCAGCUAUCUUCCGCUGUGCUCCUUCCAUGGAUUUAUGUGAUACAUUGUGGUGCAUGGUGGGAAAUAAGUGUCAUUCUAGAUUGGAAGCCGCAGCUCAAGGCACGUCGUGUGGGAAACACAACGAACACAGGUGGUGCUUCGCCGGUGCAUGUGUUGAAAUGGAAGAUCCAACAGGCGCCAUCAACGGCAACUGGGGGAAAUGGAGUGAGUAUUCAUCGUGUUCCCGAACGUGUGGUGGCGGUAUAUCAUUCUCUGAGCGUCACUGUGACAACCCUGAACCUCAAUAUGGUGGAUCAUACUGCGUUGGUGAGCGAAAGCGUUACCACAUAUGCAAUAUGGAGCCUUGUCCCGUGGAAGCAGAAAGUUUCCGUGCGUGGCAAUGUAGUCAAUUCAACUCCAAACCAUUUCAAGGCAACCUGUACGAAUGGGUUCCGGUAUUCAGAGAAGACAAACCAUGCGAGCUUCACUGUAAACCUAAGAACGGGUUCUUCAGUACCAAACUCAUGGAAACCGUACUAGAUGGGACACCGUGUUCGUACGAGUCUAGAGACAUGUGUAUAUAUGGAAUAUGUAUGGAAGUUGGAUGCGAUUACAAGAUCAGAUCCACCGCAAAAGAAGAUCGAUGUGGAGUGUGUCAUGGUGACGGGUCGACAUGUAAAAAAGUGCAGGCAGAAUUCAACAAACCAUCUGGCCUAGGUUACGUGGAGGCGACUGUCAUCCCAGCGGGUGCUAGAAAUAUUCGAGUUGAGGAGGUAGCCGCAGCCAAUAACUACCUUGCCCUGAAAGACGACAGUGGGGAGUAUUACCUGAAUGGUCACUGGUUUAUACAGUGGAGUGGAGAGUACAAAGCAGCGGGCACUAUUGUCUGGUACGAACGCACGGGAAAUAAAGAAAAGUUCAGUGCUGCUGGACCGACAAAACAGCCCCUACAUAUAAUGCUGUUAUUUCAAACGGAAAAUCCAGGCAUUACGUUUGAAUACACGAUUCCGAAAGAUGAGAAUGAAACGGAGCCCAGAAAGUUGCAGUUUUCCUGGGAAUACGGGGAUUGGACGCAUUGCACAAAGACAUGUGGUGGAGGCUCACAGGUAUCAGAUGCAGUUUGUACCGAAAAAAGUGCAGGCAUAGUUGAUGACCAAUAUUGCAAUUCAACUACCAGACCACGUAAGAAGCAAAUGUCAUGUAAUGUGCAAGACUGUCCACCAUCGUGGUGGAAUGGGGCCUGGCAACACUGUUCGGUCACCUGUGGUAACAAUGGCACAAGGCAGCGAUCCGUUAUAUGUGUGCGAAGUAUCAGUAACGACGAGCAGGUGGCACUGUCUGAUGAGACGUGUAAAGUGCUGGGGUUAGAAAAACCACACGAUUCAGAGCCAUGUGAAACUCAUGUUCCAUGUCCAGAAGACGCUAUAUGGUUGACAGAUCAGUGGUCAAACUGUUCAUCGAAAUGUGGCGAAGGUGUCCAGACCCGAACAGUGAAAUGUAAAGUUGCCGAACAGUACUGUGCUCUCUCGGACAAACCGGAAACCGAAAUGCAUUGUUUUGUGGACUGUUUACCAAUCACAAAUAACACUGUUGAAACAGACAAUAUUGAAACUCUCAAGAAACUGAAUAAUGUGGAGAUUUUCCGCAACAACUACAACCAAAACGGCAGCCUCAGACAUGGUUUCAAAUACACUUAUGAAGAUGUGUUGCUAGGAGACGACGGUGGCGCCAAGCAACAACCGGAUCCCAAUAAUUACGAUGAUUAUGAACACGAAAGCGAUCCUCUUUUAGAUGGUAUUAGUUUUGGCGAGUAUGAGAAAUUCUUGCGCGAAGGACAGAGUUUGGAUGAAUGGAUUGCAAGAAGAGCUGAAAGCGAAAAAGACAGCGAAAAUGAUAAAAAAUCUGACGCCAUUUUGGAUUACUAUGACGGUAUCGCGGUAGACGAACAGACUUUAUUCAAUAAGAAAACUGAAAACGAAGUUUUAAAAGAACCAGUUAUCAAGGUUUCGGUCGCCAAAAAAAUGUACAGGAAGGAAAAGAAUGCACAUAUUAAAGAAAAUACGAACAGUACUUCGCGGAAUCAAACUACCACAACUCCAACAAGUGAACAUUUACAAACUGAAACUAUUACCAGUACACACAUCCCGGAUAGAACUGUUGAAUAUGUCACAAAAAUAAACACAGAACAUGCAUGGACGUCAUCAAGCACGAUACAAACAUCAACUACGGUGUCACAUACGACACAUCUUGAAGUGGGCGAGUGGGUCACCGGCAACUGGAGUGAGUGUUCAGUGUCUUGUGGGAAGGGGAGCCGACAUCGAGAUGUUAACUGUUCAAUUCCACAUCGCUGUGAUCACAGUAUGAAGCCGGAAAGACACUCGCACUGCAUGCUAGGUGAAUGUGCAGAGUGGGUGUCCGGAUCAUGGAGCCAGUGUUCGGUCACGUGCGGUAAAGGUUAUCAAAGUCGAAGCGUCGAGUGUGUGGAUUUGUCUUUGGACGAACCUGCUACCGGAUGUGACGUUGAUAGCGAGCCAGCGUCCAGACAAACAUGUACAUUAUCAGACUGUCCCGCUCAAAACUCAGAGUUUUUUAAGUGUAAUGGCGACAAUUUGAAUUCUAGGCUAUGCAGUGUCAUGAAAAACAUCGGGAGAUGCAAUAACCCGAAUUAUCGAGCGCAAUGCUGCGCCACGUGUCAAAGAUGAAAAUGACUUCUAUGAGCAAUUUAUUUCAAAGAAAAAUCUCCAGUCAUACUUACUCUUCAUUGUUAUGAUGUUGUUAUUUGAGAUUGACAAUUACAAAUAUGCCUCUUUCAAAGGUUGAUUGCUGUCCAAGUACGUUCAACGUGUGGGCUAGCUGUGCACAGGUCAAUCAAUGUCAAGUGAACAUAAGCAUACAAAAGGUUUCCCAGUGCGAGAGUGAAUACGCAAUGAGCUGAUCGAUCCGUGACAUUCAGCAACUUCGUACUUAAUGGAGGCGUUAUAUAGACACAGAAGACGUGCUCAUAGUCUGUAAAUAAAUAGAUGCAGUUUAUCCCAGUUUUAGAGGUCAAAUUAGAGGUUAAACCGACUACCACAGAUCACCAAGACGUGAAACUGAAAUCAUAUAUACCUUACAAAAAUUUUAAGUAAUCAUCUUCAAAACAGCGUGUUUUUAUUUUAUAUUAUUUGUACUACUUCCACAGAAUGGUGCUAACAAUACAGUGUACCUCAAAGAGAAAGAGAGAUCACCAAGGCAACAAUAUCCUUACUAAAUGGCAAUAUCAUAUUUAUUAUAACAUAUUGAUAAUUUAUUAAAACCAGAAGCUCUAUUAUAACCUGCAUUAUAACCUGUUUUUAUUAAUACAAAUAGCAAUACUUUUCUACAGAACAUUGACGUAUAACAUAUACAUGUGCCAUAAUUGGAAUAUCCUACGCAUUUUCUUAUUAUGUACACAUAUGAUAUAAUAUCUAUAUAUUGGGACUUGUUUUAUACGUAUGUAGAGUUAUAUGAAAGUUAUUAUACAUUUAAACCAUUACAUGUAUUUCUAGCAGUUUUGAUUGUGAAUUUCUCAUCAGAACGAAUCGAGAGUAUAGGUUGGGUAGAACAUACUAUUAUUUUGCUAGGUAGAGCGCCUUUUUUUUAAAUGUUAGCCAAUUUUUAUGUUUGCCUUUAGUCGUAGAGACGCUGUUAUUCCAAGACAGUCGAAUUGACUACAGGGUGCUUACUGUUUCGAAGGUAUUGGAACUGAUCUAACUAUAUCUAGACUACUCUCUUUCUCCAGCAAAUAUUUUGUAAACUGAGAUGUGUUUU